GUAUAAAUACCAAAAGGUUCUGCGUAUUCCUCAUUAGAGUUUCGGUUUUACUGCUGUGAACAAGCCAUUCAUCGGACAAUAUGAAACUCUUCCUGGUCGCUUUCGCCGUGAUCGCAGCAGUGGCUGCCGAUGUCAGCCACCUGCCCACCAACGAGUACCUGCCUCCCGUCCAGGAGCAGCAGAUCAUCGCCGCUCCACAAAACGAGUACCUGGCUCCCGUUGACGCUGCUCCUGAGACCACCUUUGGCGAUGAUGGCUACCGUUACAAGACCCAAAGGCGCGUGGUGCUCCGUCGUCACCGUCGUGAUGUGAACGAGCUGCCCUCCAACGAGUACCUGCCCCCCGUCGCUGCUCCACAAAACGAGUACCUGGCUCCCGCUGACGCUGCUCCUGAGACCAUCUUUGGCGAUGAUGGCUACCGUUACAAGACCCAGCGUCGCCGAGUCCUCCGUCGUCACCGUCGUGAUGUCAACGAGCUGCCCUCCAACGAGUACCUGCCCCCUGUCUCGGCUGCCGCUCCUUCCAACGAGUAUCUGCCGCCAGUCCAGAUUGCUGCCCCAGCUCCCGCUCCAGUUCAGAUCUCCGCUCCUGCCCAGCUGAAUGCUCCUGAGACCAUCUUGGCCGAUGAUGGCUACCGUUACAAGACCCAAAGGCGUGUGGUGCUCCGUCGUCACCGUCGUGAUGUGAGCCACUUGCCUACCAACGAGUACCUGCCGCCUGUCCAGGCUGCCGCUCCUUCCAACGAGUAUCUGCCACCAGUCCAGGUUGCUGCCCCAGCUCCCGCUCCAGUUCAGAUCGCCGCCCCUAUCCAGCUGGCCGCCCCCGCUCCCGUCGUGGUUGAGGCUGAGCCCGCCCAUGAGUUGGCCGAUGACGGUUACCGUUACAAGACUCAUCGUCGCGUUGUCUACCGCCGCCACCGCCGUGACGUCAACGAGCUGUCCAACGAGUACCUGCCCCCCGUCGCUGCUCCACAAAACGAGUACCUGGCUCCCGCUGAUGCUGCUCCUGAGACCAUCUUUGGCGAUGAUGGCUACCGUUACAAGACCCAAAGGCGCGUGGUGCUCCGUCGUCACCGUCGUGAUGUCAACGAGCUGCCCUCCAACGAGUACCUGCCCCCUGUCUCGGCUGCCGCUCCUUCCAACGAGUAUCUGCCGCCAGUCCAGAUUGCUGCCCCAGCUCCCGCUCCAGUUCAGAUCUCCGCUCCUGCCCAGCUGAAUGCUCCUGAGACCAUCUUGGCCGAUGAUGGCUACCGUUACAAGACCCAAAGGCGUGUGGUGCUCCGUCGUCACCGUCGUGAUGUGAGCCACUUGCCUACCAACGAGUACCUGCCACCUGUCCAGGCUGCCGCUCCUUCCAACGAGUAUCUGCCACCAGUCCAGGUUGCUGCCCCAGCUCCCGCUCCAGUUCAGAUCGCCGCUCCAGUGCAGAUCGCCGCCCCUGUCCAGCUGGCCGCCCCCGCUCCCGUCGUGGUUGAGGCUGAGCCCGCCCAUGAGUUGGCCGAUGACGGUUACCGUUACAAGACUCAUCGUCGCGUUGUCUACCGCCGCCACCGCCGUGACGUCAACGAGCUGUCCAACGAGUACCUGCCCCCAGUCGUUGCUUCUCAAAACGAGUACUCGGCUCCCAUUCAGGCUGGUCCCACCACCGAUUUCCUUGCCCCCGUUGGUAACACCGUCGAUGUGGCUCCCGCCCAUGUCCUGGGUAAUGAUGGAUACCGCUACAAGACCCACAAGCGCGUUGUGUUCCGCCGUCACUAAAUCAUCCGAUAAAGGCUUCACUAGGUGAUCGAUUUGUGCUUAUUUUGGAGUGCAGACCCUACUAUUAGAAUACCUCCUUUUCAUUCAAAUACAAUAAUACGAUAACGAAUCCAUA